CAUGCAGUGGGUAGUGGUUGUAGCAGUGUUCCUGGUGGCUUCUGUGUCUGCAGACGCAGACGUAGCCCACCAGCAGCAGACCAUUAACCGUCUACUCUACAAGGUCACCAGCCCCAUCAAAUCAACUUUCACUGACCUCAAGGAGGCAGCACAGUCAUGGGACCCAAGAGACCACAUUGAUCAAACCACUGAUGAUGGCGCAGCCGUAAAGCAUCUACUGGAUGAGCUGGAAGAUCACCGCUUGCUGGAGCAGCAUCACUGGUUCUCCCUCUUCAACACCCGUCAGCGUGAGGAAGCUCUAUGGCUUGUCGAUGUUUUGCUACAUUCAAAAGAUUUUGACACCUUCAAGAACAACGCUGCUUACUUCCGUGAGCGUGUUAAUGAAGGGGAGUUUGUUUAUGCUCUCUUUGCGGCGGUUACCCAUUCUCCCCUAACACAACACGUGAUCUUGCCACCACUCUACGAGGUUACCCCUCAUUUGUUCACAAACUCAGAGAUCAUCAAUAAAGCUUAUGCUGCUAAGAUGACACAGACGCCAGGUAACUUUAAGUUAGAAUUUACUGGCAGCAAGAAGAACCCUGAGCAGCGAGUGGCCUACUUUGGUGAGGACGUUGGUAUCAACUCUCACCACGUCCACUGGCACUUGGACUUUCCCUUCUGGUGGAAUAAUGAUAAGAUUGACCGCAAGGGAGAGCUCUUCUUCUGGGCCCACCACCAGCUCACUGCCAGAUACGACGCCGAACGCCUGUCUAACUAUCUGUCUCCAGUAGACGAACUCUACUGGGAUCGCCCCAUUAAAGACGGAUUUGCUCCUCACACUGUCUACAAAUAUGGUGGAGAGUUUCCCACUCGCCCCGAUAACAAGGAAUUUGAGGAUGUAGAAGGUGUGGCCCACAUUCGUGACUUAAAAAUCAUAGAAAGUAGAAUUCAUGACGCUAUUGCUCACAGUUAUAUCGUUAACGCCGAUGGCUCUCACACUGACAUCAACAACGAGCAUGGAAUUGACGUAUUGGGUGAUAUUAUCGAAUCUUCCGCUUACAGCACUAAUGCUGCUUAUUAUGGCUCUCUACAUAAUCAGGCUCACCGUGUUUUGGGUGCACAAGCUGACCCUAAGCACAAGUUUAACUUGCCUCCAGGUGUUAUGGAACACUUCGAGACUGCAACCCGCGACCCUGCGUUCUUCCGACUCCAUAAAUACAUUGAUGGAAUUUUCAAAGAACACAAGGACACCUUGCCACCUUACACCAGGGAAGAUUUUCUCUACAGUAAUGUCGAGAUAACCGGUGUAGAGGUCAGUGAACUUUCCACUUACUUUGAAGAUUUUGAAUUUGACCUGAGUAAUGCUCUAGACACAACAGAGAACGUCAAUGAAGUGUCUGUCAAAACUCACGUAUCACGCCUGAACCACAAACCAUUCACCGUAAAUAUUCACGCGCAUGCUGACCACGACGACAAAGUCACAGUUCGCGUCUACCUACAACCCAAGUAUGACGAGAACCAUAUCGCCCUUGACAUCGACGAGGCUCGUUGGGGAGCCAUAUUGCUUGACACCUUCUGGACUGAAGUACAUGCGGGAGAUAACGAAAUCAAGCGUAAGUCCUCUGAGUCAUCAGUAACCAUCCCUGAUCGCGUGUCCUUCCCUCAACUGAUCCACGACGCUGACGAGGCUGUGGCCAACGGCGCUGAGCUACCCCACAAGGAUACUCGCGCCUGUGGUCACCCCCAGAGACUACUGCUGCCCAAGGGUACUUCAGAAGGCCUGGAAUUCUGGAUUGACGUCAUUAUUACCAGCGGAGAUGAUGCUGUCCAUGAUGACUCAGCUGUUAACGACCACGGUAGUACUCAUGGUUACUGUGGUAUUCAUGGAGAGAAGUAUCCUGACAAGCGAGCAAUGGGCUUCCCCUUCGACCGCCGCAUCCCUGACUUAAGUGUCUUCAAGGUGCCCAACCAGCAUGGCCAACAGGUCAAGAUUUACCAUCAUUGAGCAGCAUUCAUAGGAUUCUUAAAGUCGAAUAUUCAAAUGGAAGAAUAAAUUUCUACAAGCAAACACGUUAAAAUUAUCAUCUGAUUAAAU